AUGAAACCGCAUCUGGGCAGACCACUUCCCGCUGGGCUGGAAGCCUCAUCUCCGCAUCCUAGGUUGGCACUUCAGCCCAAUGUACAAUCAUCUCGGGUACUACCGUUCUUAUCGGCGGCGUCACUAACACCGCGGGACCGAACGCAUUGCCGUUCAAACCAUCGCACACCCCGACUUUUCCUGCCCCUCGGAAGUCGUGCAUGGUGA